CUGAGGAGACCCCGCGGCGGUAACCGUUUGAUUGACGUAGGGAAGAAAAAGACAAGAUCGGAUUACAAGAUGGCGGUCUCUGGAUGAGAGUGAAGAGGCCGUCGUAGUUGUUGUGUUUUCAACGGUGAAUUGUACAGUUAGCUAGCUAGAAAUCCGGCAUUCUGCGGGGAAAAUAAUAAUAAUCGUAAUAUGCUCGUGAAUUAGCUUUACGUUUUAGCACAUUGCAAAACAUGCGGGUAGAAACAAAGUUUGAAGUUCGGGGAUAAGAAAAUAGCUAGGCAACUAUUUGAAAUAGUGAACUAGUGGCUAGCUAACGUUAGAUUGUUAGCUUUUCCGCUCAAGGUAACCAUGUCGGAUACUCGGCGGCGUGUGAAAGUAUAUACGCUGAAUGAAGACCGACAGUGGGAUGAUAGGGGCACAGGACAUGUCUCGUCUACCUUUGUCGAACGACUGAAGGGAAUAUCAUUAUUAGUUCGGGCCGAAUCCGACGGCUCACUUCUUCUGGAGUCUAAAAUCAGCCCAAAUACUGCAUAUCAGAAACAACAAGACACCCUGAUUGUGUGGUCGGAAGCAGAGAACUAUGAUCUGGCCCUGAGUUUUCAGGAAAAAGCUGGCUGCGAUGAAAUCUGGGAAAAGAUAUGUCAGGUGCAAGGGAAAGACCCUGCGCUGGAGAUCACCCAGGACCCUAUCGAUGAGUCUGAGGAGGAGCGCUUCGAGGAGAUGCCAGAGACCAGCCACCUGGUGGAGCUGCCUCCAUGCGAGCUGGCCCGGCUGGAGGAGAUCGCUGACCUUGUGACCUCUGUCCUGUCCUCGCCCAUCCGCCGGGAGAAGCUGGCCCUGGCCCUUAUGAGCGAAGGCUAUAUGAAGAAGCUGCUGCAGCUCUUCCAGGUGUGCGAGGACCUCGACAACCGGGAGGGCUUACACCACCUGUAUGAGAUUGUACGUGGAGUGUUGUUCCUCAACAAGGCGGCUCUAUUCGAGGUCAUGUUCUCGGACGACUGUAUCAUGGAUGUGGUUGGCUGUCUGGAGUUUGAUCCGUCGCUGGUGCAGCCUAAAAAGCACCGGGAGUUCCUCACCAAGACGGCCAAGUUCAAGGAGGUAAUCCCCAUCACGGACUCAGAGCUGCGGCAAAAGAUCCACCAGACGUACCGGGUGCAGUACAUCCAGGACAUCAUCCUGCCCACACCUUCUGUCUUUGAGGAGAACUUCCUUUCCACCCUCACAUCCUUUAUUUUCUUCAACAAGGUGGAGAUAGUCAGCAUGCUGCAGGAGGAUGAGAAGUUCCUAACUGAAGUCUUUGCACAGCUAACGGAUGAAGCGACAGAAGACUGUAAAAGGCGGGAACUAGUGAACUUUUUCAAAGAAUUUUGUGCUUUUUCACAAACCUUGCAACCGCAAAAUAGAGAUGCUUUCUUCAAGACUCUGGCGAAUCUAGGCAUUCUUCCUGCUCUUGAAAUAGUCAUGGGUAUGGACGACUUGCAGGUGAGGGCUGCAGCCACAGAUAUCUUCUCCUAUCUGGUGGAGUUCAGCCCCUCCAUGGUCCGGGAGUUUGUUAUGCAGGAGCCACAGCAGACUGAUGAUGAUGUGCUGCUGAUCAACGUGGUGAUAAAGCAGAUGAUCUGUGACUCGGACCCUGAGUUGGGCGGUGCUGUGCAGCUUAUGGGGCUUCUACGCACAUUGAUCGACCCAGAGAACAUGCUGGCCCCCACCAAUAAAACAGAGAAGACUGAGUUCCUCAGCUUCUUCUACAAGUACUGCAUGCAGGUCCUCACAGUCCCUCUAUUGGCCAGCACUGUAGAUGAGAAGAACUGUAAAGAUCUGCAAGAGGGGUCCACCAAGAUCAACCCAGUGUGUCCUGAUAAUUUCCAGACAGCCCAACUCCUGGCUUUGAUACUGGAGCUGCUGACGUUCUGUGUAGAGCACCACACGUACCACAUAAAGACCUACAUUAUGAACAAGGACCUGCUGCGACGAGUUCUGGUGCUAAUGAACUCUAAACACACCUUCCUUGCGCUGUGUGCUCUGCGCUUCAUGAGGAGGAUAAUUGGGCAGAAGGAUGAGUACUACAACCGCUACAUUGUCAAAGGGAACCUGUUUGAGCCAGUCAUCAACACUCUGCUGGACAAUGGAACUAGAUACAACCUCCUAAACUCAGCCAUCAUUGAACUCUUUGAGUUCAUCAAAGUGGAGGAUAUCAAGUCCCUCAUAGCACACAUUAUAGACAACUACUACAAAGCACUUGAAUCCAUUGAAUACGUCCAGACUUUUAAGGGCUUGAAGGGCAGAUAUGAGCAGGAGAAGGACCGACAGACUCUGAGACUCAACAGAUAUCGUAGGGAUGCCCGAACGCUGGACGAGGACGAGGAUGAGGAAAUGUGGUUCAAUGAAGAUGGAGAGGCUAUUGAGAAAAGCAGGCCUGAGGAAGAGUUCCCAGAGAGCUUUGGAAAGUAUAUGGAAGCAAAAAAAGUUAAAGAGAGUGACAACAAAGAGAACUUCCCAAAGCGGACCCCAACUGGCAGCUUUAAGUUUACCUUCUCUCAUUCUGCAGGGGCUGCCAACGGAACCAACGGUGCCAACUGCAAGCCAGCCACCUCUCCCACCUCCGCCGCCAGUCCCAACGGCUCCCCCACCAAGUCGGCAACGCCACCCGCCACCCCGGUAGUCAAGACUGCGAUGGUCGGCCUUGUAGACUACCCUGACGAUGAAGACGAGGAGGACGAAGAUGAAGAGCAGUCCCCACGGAAACGGCCCCGUCUGGGCUCAUAAGCCAGUGAAGUCCCCUGGUCUUGGUCCGCUGUGCCACUGUCAUAGUCCACUGGACAGAGACCACUCCCGCCGUCCUACCCUCCCAGCCUGCUCCUACGCCCCCCUACCUGGCCUGUGGACCAGAGAGGUUGAUCAGUGCCAAGGUUUCCCUGAUGCUCCGGCAGGGACGCAGCACUUCACGCAAACCUCAGCCGCUCUACAAAAGGGGGAGCAGGGGCUAAUGGGAGAGCCAGUCAUGCUAGCAGGACUAGCCGCUUAGUAAUGGAAGCUUGAUUGGCUGACCCCAUAGAACUGUUAAUUUGGGUUGGGUGGAGAGAACUAGGCAAAAUGAGGGUUAACAGAAAAAACUAACCAACAGAAAACAAAGUUGCUUAGUUCUGAGGAGCAGGACUCAACCGUCGAAGCUGGGGCUGCAUUGUCGAGGCUCAUACACACCUACAUCAGCCAGGAGUCCUGUAUUCAUGAGUUUAUUAAAAGUACUGUACAGUUAUUUUUCUUUUUAAUAAUUUGCCCCUUAAGUGAUUUUAAAAGGGUAGAGCUAUACCUGCCAGUGUAUUGCUUUUGCACAAAUGGUGGGAUCACUGUUCACCCUUUUAAUUCAAUUAUAUGAUUCAUUGUAUAAAGCAAGAGUUGCAAUGCUGGUUUUAAAAUAACAUGUAUUAAACGGCAGUAAAGUCAUUUUUGCAGCCCACUGAGAA